AAUGCUGAGGUAUUUAACAUCAAAAGCAAAUAUACGAUAUUUUAAUUAUUUUAAAGAUAAAAUUAUUACGACAAAUAACUUAUAAUGUUGAGUUGCAAAAAUAGUUUGAUAAAAAUGCAACUUAAUCCAAUAAAAAACCUUUCAUUGAUCCCACCAUUAGAAAUACAGGCAACAACCACCAGUUGGUCCUGUCAGCAAUCCGCUAGGCUGCGUACUGUAACACAAAUCCAACAAAGAAGGGACCACCAGAGUCUCACACGAGAAGCCGAGAACCAAAUGUAGCCACAGGAUUGACUCGCCGGGAAAUCAAUUCCCACCAGAUCGAUGCAAGCUUCUAUUCACGAGCUUGCUUCGCCGGCAAGUCAUCCUUGGCUCCAUUCCACUCUCCUCCUCUUCAUGAAAAACUCUGCGACCUUGUAUUAACCUCAAAUGGAGGUCUCUUCACCAUUCUUUUCUCCUUCUCACAUCUAUCUCCCUGCCUCAUGCUAUAUCUAGCUCGAUUGACGCCACUGUAUAUAUAGGCCUUGGAGCUAGUGGGAGAACAUAACUGAUUCUUGUGGAUGGUCUGGUAUCAUUCUCAAUUUGACUCGCUGUUCGAAAAUCCGUCAGCUCGCAAGUGAGUCUUAUUCCUGUAAAGGGCAAUUAUGAAUUCUGCAUUGUAUCUGUUCGAUGAAAUGCGCCCCUUUUUGUGUGAUGUGUUCGGAUCUCUUACGUGUGGGUCUCCACUCUCCACCUGUCCUCUUUGUUAUGGGCUUCAAUGCUGGAUUAUAUUCCUCUUUUGUGGGCAUAGAAUUUUUCACAGAGAUGAAGAGCUGUCACCUUGGCUCGCCCAUGCUUUUUUGUUUUGUGACUGUUGGCCGUGUCAAAGCUCAGAUAGAGUUAGUGAAGUACUUUCCCUCAGGCUGCCGAUAUCCAUGAUGAGCUUCGCUCGGGUCUGCGCAAUCGCAGCACCAGAUUUUGAGCUUUACCUUGUUUUCAAUUAAACGUUGGAGAAGUAUGUAAGAACUUGGAACAUGCUUCAUUUGAGACUCCACAACAGCUUUUAAUUUUUGUUCCAUUAGAACGAAAACACAAAGAGGCAUUGUUCCACUUCAUUAUUAUAUUUAAUUUCCAUAAGUAGGAAACAUGUUCAAUGUUGUCAA